CCGCCGUGUGGCCUGUCUCGCUCCCGCUUUCUGACAUUUUAACUACUCGUAGCUCGCUGUUUUUGUUUGCGUCUUCGCGAUACCCUGAUGUCUAGGAAGUCAUCGUCCUCGCACUUUGACUUUAGUAUUCCAGGCGACGAACUCGAACAUCGUCGCAUCCAACUCGAACACAACCUGCAAAUCACCGAUCUAUCAUUCCAUCUAUCAUCUGUCCCAGACGAACCAACCGGUGACAAUGAGUCUGUAGAAUAUCCAAGACAUUACUCCGCACCAUCCCCGUUCCCCGGGUUUGCAUCAUUCGAACAGCACUCCCGUGAAAACCUAGAAUACGAUGGCCAUAGUCACCUUCACCCUUGGUCCGUGCACGACGACGACGACGGUGGUGUCAAUCCUUAUGGUGCAGAAACAAUGUCUACUGCCGCGCAUCACGCAAGCGCCGUCACGAUCACCGCUGGUCUAGGGCGCAAUCAACGACGGGAACCCAGUAUCAGCGGUGCCGAGUAUGAUCCUGAUCGCCCUCUUCAGGAUAUCAUGGCUGGGAUGCACACCGCCGACGCUGCUUCCCUUGCUGCUCGUUUGCGCUCUCCAAGGAGAGGUCAUGAUUUAUCCGUUUCAGAAGAAUCUGAUAGGUCACAGGAGAUCUCCCGCCCAAAGCUCGCCGAAACUCUGCAGCGUGUUGGAUUCUCACCACGACGCCCGCGUUCACUACAGUCAAGUUUUCAGUCACCAGGUGGGGUCCAGGACACCUUGCGUCGGUAUGCGGACGCCUCUCGUCGGAGUAUGACACCAAAAGCAAGGAAAAUCGCUGCUGUCUCCUUCGAUACCACCGCGACUCCGAUUCGAAGACACGUUUCUCAACCUGCAACCGUUCAGCCUCAGGUUAACGUCCAGCCUCCCACGCCAUCUACCACAGCUUCCAACUUCACCAAAAUGGCACGCGGACUUACAAGGGACAUUCGUCAUGCUCAGGACCUCUCCCAGGCUGACAAUGUUGUUGACAAUGAACAUGCAUCUCACCCGGUUUCAACUUCUCGUCAAAAGGAUAACCCCUAUGCGAGUGCAACAGACAUGACUGGCGAACUGAACCACGUCAGUCGCGCAUCCAAGAAGGCUCGAGGGCGAGUUUACCUACCUGACGUUACUGGACUGACAAACGCUGUCGUUUCUCCGGCGAAAGUCGUAAUGGAUCGUUAUGCUGUUCGUGGACUUGGUUCCAGAGACCUUGAAGCUCGCCUUGUCACUUCCCUGAAUGCGCUCCAGGUCCGACUAUCGCAUCUGGAGAACGAAAACAGCAUUGCCAGGCGGCGUGUCAGGGAAUUGGAAUAUGAGCUGGAGCAGUGCAAACGGGACGUGAUGAGGGAACGCACACGAAUUUUAGAGUCCCAGGAUACUAUUGAUGUCAGUGCUCGGCUCCCCGGCCCCUCGACGUCGCGUGCCAAGGGUAAAGAGAGGAAAAUGAAGGAGGCUGAUCAAUCAGCGUCCAAGUACUUUGAGGUCGUAGAGGAAAAGAAAGCACUCGAAUCACUUAUAUCCACACUGAGGGCUCAUCUUGCUCGUGUCACUUCCGAUCUCUCCACUCAGCAGCAGUUACUAGAGGAUCUCCGUCGUCUUCGCGAAUCGGACGCUCUCUCCUUAUCCGAGAAAACGGAGGAGAUCAACCAACUCAGAAUUGAAAUGGAGCGACUCGCUGGAGAGCUUGAGGUUCUUCGAGGGGUCGUCGAAGAGGGCCUCAAUGAGAGACGUCAGGCGAGAGAGAGCGCAGGGGAAGAAGAAGAUGAUGAUGAUGGCGUAGAGGCCACAACUGAAUCGGAGCAGUCUGACGAAUCCGCGACGGAACCUGCCAUCGAAAGUCCCUCGCCCAAUCGUAUAUCACGUCCGUCUACACCGGUUCCGUCUCUCCGGAGAUCAGUAUCCGAGACCUCUCAGCACCUUAAUCGAAGUCGACCCACAUCCCCUGCCUUUGCUGAGCGUUCCCGCGCGACAUCGGCACUCCGGUUCGUUGACCCCGGUCAGGUCAAUCCAAGAUCAGCAGAUUUGGAGGAGCACCACCCACGGUCUCCGGACACUUCUACUUCGUCCGGAAAUGCCUCUCGAGAUAUGUUGGCUGCUGCAUCCCAUCACCCUGCAGAUCGCACAUCAGCCUCGGCUUCCAAACGGCGAGACUUAAGGCAACCAGUCGGGGUGGAGGAUGAAUUAGUGUCCGUUGUUACAUCCGCUACCGAACCACCACUACAAGCUGCCAAGGGCCAACCAAACCAUACCUCACAACCGCGACAAAAGGAGGGCAAAUCGAAGGCUGAUGACACAAUACCAAUUCCCCCCUUCCCCCGUAUUAGUGCGGACCUGGAGCACUUAUUCUUUUCCUCGCCGCGUCGUCACAUUAAAGCUUGUCAAACGUGUAAGGACCCUCAUUCACGAUGUCAUACCGAGACGGACAGACGGAAACAAAAGACCCCCGGGCGUUUUGAACAUGAGAGACCAGAAAAUGACGGCGGAUUAGAUGCAGGUGAACCUGCGGGGGGUCAACAUCCUCCCACUCAUGAUGGUAACGCACCCGUCGAAGACGCUCCAAAUAUCGAUGAAAUUCUCGAACGCAUGGAUCGGAACGGUGGCGUCCUGAGACCUAGCGACGUUCCUCCUCAAACGGUGCUCGCCAGAGUCGUACGAGACCUUGAAGAUGAAUUCACUCACUACAAAGAAAUCUAUCGCGAACUGGCUGAACAGUACCGGUCUAUGGACUGUGCGACGCAAGCUACGAAGCGUCACAUGGUUGCUGACCACCUGCGGGACGUUAUCGAUACUAUCGAGCGCAAAGGCGAUCAAAUCACAUCCUUGUACGGAUUGUUGACCUUCAAGGAUAAGCCGAUUGUUAAUUAGUAUUCCCUUUAUGACUUAUUGUUUCCGUGAUUUACACUACAAAUCAUAUGGCGAGACUAGCCUUCAUCUUCUCUCGUGCCGACACCGGGAAACAAAGUAAUUUAUGUACCUCCACAAUUGGGCUCCGUCAGAAUGGCACUUUCUUUCGUAUGAGAUAUGACCCGAAUAAAUUAUAACGCAACCCAUGUUUCCCGCCCCUGCUACUGGUAACACCGCCGACCCCCAUGGUGAGACCUCACCCGUAUAUAAUUAGGUGUUCGGGGCACAGUACAUAACUCAGCAACUG